AUGUACAGGACCUGUGAUGACAUCAACACAGGUCAUUUAGCUUUCUCCAUUGAUGGUAGAGAUAAUAUACUGGAGCGGAACGAGACGAAUCUGACUAUGGUGACAGAAUUUUUCCUCUUGGGAUUCCAAGGCAGUCGAGAUGUAAGAACUUUCCUGUUCUGGCUUUUCUUGGUGGUUUACUGUGGGACAAUAUGUGGGAACCUCCUGAUCAUUACUCUGGUGUCCACCAGCAAGAACCUCCAAACUCCAAUGUACUUCUUCAUCUCUCAACUAUCUGUCAAUGACAUCCUCUUGACUACAGAAAUUAUUCCCAACAUGCUUCAUAUUCUACAAAAAAAUGGGGGGACCCUCUCUUUUACUGGCUGUAUUGCUCAAUUUUAUUUUUUCAGCACCUCUGAAGCAUUUGAAUGUCUUCUCCUCACAGUGAUGUCUUAUGACAGAUAUGUGGCCAUCUGCAAUCCCCUACUUUACGCUUCUAUCAUGACUACUGAAAGAUGUGUGAAAUUAUCCAUCGCCUGUUGGUUGAUCAGUUUUUCCAUAAUAUUCACUGACAUUUUUACAAUCUCAAAGCUAAAUUUUUGCGAACAAAAUAUUAUGGACCAUUUCUUCUGUGAUCUUCUUCCCUUACAAGAAAUUUCCUGUUCUGACAUCUUUAUCCUUCGAUUAGAAAUCUAUUUCCUCAGUAUAAUAUCAGUUAUCAUACCAACAAUAAUAAUAAUGUUAUCAUACACUAAUAUCAUCGUCACUGUCCUAAGGAUCCCUUCCAGUACUGGUAGACAGAAAGCGUUCUCCACCUGUAGCUCCCACCUCAUUGUGGUCUCCAUAUUCUAUUGGACUAUGUUCAGUGUUUAUGUUUUUCCACAAAAAAUUGAAUCACUGAACUUUAGUAAGAUCCUAUCACUGCUGUAUACAGUGUUUACACCACUGAUCAAUCCUAUUAUUUAUAGCCUGAGAAAUAAAGAUAUUUGGAAAGCUAUAAAUGCACUAUUUCCUCAAACCUAUAAAGUUGAUCCACCUUACACAGCCAAUGGGUUAUGGAUGGGAGUUCCUCUGAUAGACAAUAGCAAGGAAUCAAAAGACGAGCUGCAUUGA